AUUAGGACCUGGCGGAACGCAGGCACCCUAGUCCUAGAUUGCAAGCUGGCUUGCUUUGGUGACGUAAGCCAGAAGCCCUGUCUCUCUCUCCCUCUCUCUCUCUCUUUUCUCUCUCUCUCUCUCUCUCUCUUUCUGUGAGUGUGUGUGUGUCUCUCUCUUUCUCUUCCCCCCUCCCCUCCCUUUCCAAGCUCUCUAACAUUUAAGCGAAAAUGCUUCUUUCUGUGCCUCCUCGUGCAGGAAUUGCCACUUUUGGCUACAACAAGAGCAACAAGAAGCCUUAUGUCUCAGUGGCCCAGCAGAUGGCACCCCCAAGCCCCAGUGGCAGCUGCAACAACAAUAGCAGCAGCAGCAGCAGCAGUGGGCCAGGCGGUGGCGGAGGUGGCGGGGACCAGCUGAGCAAAACAAACUUGUAUAUCCGGGGCCUGCAUCCUGGUACCACCGAUCAGGAUCUUGUCAAGCUCUGCCAACCAUACGGCAAAAUUGUCUCCACCAAGGCCAUCCUGGAUAAAACAACCAAUAAAUGCAAAGGUUAUGGCUUUGUGGAUUUUGACAGCCCCACAGCAGCUCAGAAAGCUGUGACUGCACUCAAGGCCAGUGGAGUCCAAGCCCAGAUGGCCAAGCAACAGGAGCAGGACCCUACCAACCUCUACCUGUCAAACUUGCCUUUGGGCAUGGAUGAGGCUGAAUUGGAGUCGAUGCUGAAACCAUUCGGACAAGUCAUCUCUACACGUAUCCUACGUGAUGCCAGCGGCACCAGCCGAGGAGUUGGCUUUGCCAGGAUGGAGUCUACAGAAAAGUGUGAAGCCAUCAUCACCCACUUCAAUGGCAAAUAUAUCAAGACACCUCCUGGGGUCCCAGCUCCUCCAGAUCCACUGCUUUGCAAGUUUGCUGAUGGUGGCCAGAAGAAGCGCCAGAAUCAGGGCAAAUAUGUGCAAAAUGGACGAGCCUGGCCAAGGGAAAGUGAUGCGGGUGGGAUGACAUUGACUUAUGACCCUACAACAGCGUUACAAAACGGGUUCUAUACAACGCCCUACAGCCUGGCCCCGAACAGGAUGAUUGCCCAGACUGCGCUCUCCCCUUAUCUCCCAUCACCUGUUUCCUCUUACCAGGUCCACAGUCCAUCUUGGAUGCACCAUCAGUCAUACCUCAUGCAGCCCACGCAGGGGACGGUGCUCACACCUGCCAUGGACCACGCCAUUUCCAUCCAGCCCACUUCCAUGAUGGGGCCUCUCACCCAACAGCUGGGCCAUCUGUCCCUCAGCAGUGCUGGCACAUAUAUGCCAGCGGCAGCAGCUAUGCAAGGAGCCUAUAUUCCCCAGUAUACACCGGUGCCUUCCUCUAGUGUCGCAGUUGAGGAGAACAGUGGCCAGCAGAGCCACGUGACAGUGGAGUCUCCAUCGGAUCAUGCUGCCUACUCGUAUCAGUACAACAAGUAACAACAGUGCCACCGAGCAGCUCAACUCUGAGCAAUCACUUCGAGGGAGACAACGUGGUUUGUUUUUUGUUUUGUUUUUUGGUUAAAAUUUUGUGCUGCGUUUAGAAGAUGUUGGAACCAUUUUUGUUUUUGUUUCUUUUUUUCUUCUUUUUUCUUUUUGGCAAAGAAAAAGGUUGUUUUGUUUUCUAAAAAAAGGAAAUAACCGCAAUAGACUUUUGUCACCGAGGAACCAAAGGAGGUUAGAAUGGGGGUACAAAAAAAAAAAAAUACCCCCAACCCUUAGAUGUACAGAUGGACUAAGGACUAUUUUAAUACGAGAACAUUUGUGUGUGUGUAUGUUUGCGUGUGUGUGUGUGCGUGCGUGCGUGUUUAUUUUCUUGAUAACAGCAAAGUCAAACGCUUUGGAUGCCCCAGAAUUCCCCAGAGAAGAAAAUGAAUUUUUUCCCCCGCUUCUUUUGGAAAGCUGGUUCGGUCCCUCUGUGGAAGGAAGGUUUUUUUUUUUUUGCUCCUUUGAAUUCAUUUUGUUUUCUUUGGUCAUGUAAAAGAUUUUUUAAAGGACAAAUAUGCAAAAGUGUUUGAAUAUUUUUUCUGUUGUUGUUUUAUAAGGAAAACAAAAAUGCUCUGAAAAGCCCCACCUCGCAGCUGUAGGAUAAAAAUCAGUGCGGAAUUCUUUUUUUUUCUUCUUCUUCUUCUUCUUCUUCCUUGGGGUGGGAGCGGGGAGGGAAUUUUGCUUUGAAAGGAUUAUUUUAUUAUUUCAAGAGGGUAUUUUUUUUCUAAAAAAGACAAAUUUACAAAAAAAUAAAAAAGAGGAAAUUUACAAAAAAAAAAUUCAGAAAAAAAAGGAAAUCUUAAAAAAAAAAGUUGAACUUUGGCGGCAGCAAGAGGGGUUUGCUUAAUGCUUGUCAAGUUGGAAUGAAAUGAUGCGGCUGGAGGCAUCGGAUGAACUUUAUCCCGGUUUUUUGUUUUGUUUUUUGGCAUAAAUUUUGCCUCAGCUGAGAGAGAGAGAAAAAAAAACAGAGUUUGCGCCAGACCUCAAUUUCUGCCCUCUGUCCAAUUGGACUAUUUUUUGCUGGAUGUUUUGGACUGAUUUGAGCUUCUGUGCAGACCUGUCUUUGCUUCCAUGGGGAGGCUUCCCCCCACACCCUCGCCUGCCCCGUCCUGCCCUGGACCAGGGGAACAAUAAACGGACUAAGGAAUCUGCCGCCAGUGAUGCGUCGUCACCUCUGGACUCUUGGACGUUGAAUGGACAUGUUGCCAGCAGCAGUGCUUCGCCCCGUCCCCCAUCCCCGGGAUACACAAACACACACACACACACUCUUACACGCAUACACACAGACACAGACACAGACACACACACACACACACACACACACACACAGUGCCUUCUGCUGCCUGCGGUCCGGACUGUGCUGCCGUAAGCCCCCUCCACUUUCCGCCCCCCAGUUCCUGCAUGCCUGCCAAGCCCAGGUCCACACUGCAUCCGUUUUUUCUCUCGACCAACUCAGCUGGGAACAGGUGCUUCUCCUUCCGACUGGUGGGGACUGCAGGAAGCCCGUCCCGAUUGCCGUGAACCAAGCAACCAAGGAGCAUCAAGCACCUUGCAGGGGAUGUCCCAGCUCUCCCCCCCCCCCCCCCCCCGCUCCCGGAGACCCUAGUUACUAUGCACGUUAUCCCUCCCUCCCCCAGCCCUUGAUUGCUGGCUGCGCCCUGAGAUUUGCAAUAGGAGGAGACUAUGUGCAAUAAUUCAGCCUUUCCUACCUUGUGUUUCCCUGCAGAGCCUCCUGAAGUGCUUUAGACACCUCUGCAUGUUCCCUUCCCCUCUCCGCCCCAACCAGAUGGUGCUAAAAGUCAUCCUCUCUUCCACCAUAAAGUCACCCCCAGCCCAGCCCAGCCCAGCUGGCAUGUAGCUGACCCUUCCAUCCCGUUGUCCCACCAACCGACGUUUGCUUUUCCCACCAUGGGCUGUGAUCACCUUGUUCCCCUUUCCUCUCCCCCCCCCCCCACUCCCUGCUGGCCCCUUCCUUUGAAGAAAUGGCUCUUAUGCAGCUGACAAUCAGGAAGGAGCAAUGGCGGAGGCCAUACGGGUGUCACGUGAGUCUAGGAAAGCAAGAGUACUGUGUGUGCAUGUGUCCCUAUCUAUCUUGGUUUGCGUGUGGGCCAUCCAUGCCUUUGAGGGAGUGGAGGCAGAUCUAUGGGUAGGGUGACAUAUCGGAGGAGGUGGCAUAAAUAUAUCGAGUGUAAUUGGAUUUGUGCGUUGCUCAGGAUCCUUUUGUCAUCUUAACCAUUUUGAAAGCAUGGUCCUGACCCCAGCAAGAGCAGGUUGGCUUCCUGUUGGGAGGUUUGGGGAAGGUUCAGUUCGCCCCAUCCUCACAGUCCUUCAGCCAGGCUGCUUAAGAUACCUUCCCGCAUUGCUCGUGACAAGGGACGACCCAGAGACACGACCGUAAUGCCACCCAGACAAGAGAGGCGAGACUGACAGUGCAGGAGCCCAGAGUGGAUCCAAAGGCUGGCUACCUUUGGUGCCCCUUUCUCUAGCCUGGCCAGACCUUCCUGGUUGGCCUAACCACACACCCCUCCCCUCCUAAUGCUGAGAGAAACUGAAGUGCCUUUUUUGGGGCAUGCAAGCUUGCCUUCAUCUUUAUGUUACGUGAUCUUCGAUGGGCUUCAUCUGUGGCCAAACGGAGUUUUGCAGGGUCCCAAAAUGGAUUGGGCUGGCUAGUUAAAUAAUAAUAAUACUAACAGUAGUAAUAAUAAAGAAUACCGUAACUGAGAUUCUGGUUUCCAACUGACCCCGACUAUUUGGGGGGGGGUGUGUGAAGGCAGAGGAGCACACAGUUUCUGCAGGACGAGUAAAGGAACUUCCCAGCUAGAUCGGGGUUUAUACCUGCCCUUCCUUCCCUCUCGUUAUUUGCCUGCAGAGAUCACAUGCCAAACCACAGGGAAACUUUGAAAACACCUCGCAUCUGCACUCAAAGUAAUUACAAGCUGCAAAAGGACUCUACUUGAGAAAUCUGUUCCAAGUUUGCUCCAGAUAUGGCCUGCAACCUCAAGACUACAUUGGGGUACACCGGGUCCUUAACAGGCCACUUUCCUGCCUCCACCCCCACCCCAGUUUUUUCCAGCAGCUUC